AUGGCCGGAGUACUUGGAACUUCCUCUUCAGCAAUCUUCGCCUCUAGACCCCUUUCUUCUCCCUCCUCUAAAUCUCCCAUUUUCCCUCUCUUCCCAAGUCCAGGGCAGGGUCAAGGGAGGAAGUUCUAUGGAGGGAUUAAGAAGGGCAGAUCUCGAUUACAUGUUUCAAUUUCCAAUGUUGCCACUGAAAUCAGCCCUGCUCAAGCACAGGCUCAGAAGCUUGCCUCAAAGGAGACUCAACGGCCAGUGUAUCCAUUUGCUGCUAUAGUAGGACAAGACGAAAUGAAAUUGUGCCUUCUGCUUAAUGUGAUUGAUCCCAAGAUCGGAGGUGUCAUGAUUAUGGGUGAUAGGGGAACGGGGAAGUCCACUACUGUUAGGUCAUUAGGAGACUUACUUCCUGAAAUCCAAGUGGUUUCUGGUGAUCCAUUCAACUCAGAUCCAGAGGAUCCAGAAUCUAUGGGCAUGGAAGUCCGAGAGAGAAUUAUCAAGGGUGAGGAACUUCCUGUGGUGAUGACUAAAAUUAACAUGGUUGACUUACCAUUAGGUGCUACUGAAGAUAGAGUCUGUGGGACAAUUGACAUCGAAAAAGCUCUUACGGAGGGUGUGAAGGCAUUUGAGCCUGGACUUCUUGCUAAAGCUAAUAGAGGAAUUCUCUAUGUGGAUGAAGUUAAUCUCCUAGAUGACCACUUAGUGGAUGUUCUUUUGGAUUCUGCUGCCUCAGGAUGGAACACUGUUGAAAGAGAGGGAAUCUCGAUUUCACAUCCCGCUCGGUUUAUUCUCAUUGGCUCAGGAAAUCCUGAAGAAGGGGAACUUAGGCCACAGCUGCUUGAUCGGUUUGGAAUGCAUGCCCAAGUGGGAACUGUAAGGGAUGCAGAGCUUAGAGUGAAGAUUGUCGAGGAGAGGGCUCGGUUUGAUGGAAAUCCUAAGGAAUUUAGGGAAUCUUACUCGGAAGAGCAGGAGAAGCUCCAACAACAAAUUGACUCAGCCAGGAGGUCUCUUUCCGCAGUUCAGAUAGAUCACGAUCUACGGGUUAAAAUCUCCAAGGUUUGUGCUGAGCUUAAUGUUGAUGGAUUGAGAGGUGACAUAGUCACAAAUAGGGCAGCAAAAGCAUUGGCUUCUCUGAAAGGAAGAGACAAAGUAACAGCUGAGGAUAUUGCUACUGUUAUCCCCAAUUGCUUGAGACACCGACUACGUAAGGAUCCCUUGGAGUCAAUUGACUCUGGCUUACUCAUCAUUGAGAAAUUCUAUGAAGUUUUUAGCUGA